GGAAAUACGCCUUCCGAGCAGGAGAACAACCAAUCAGCCGUGGCGAACCAAAGAUAAACAAGCCUUAUGAUAAGACAAAACUCUCAGGUUUCCCCAGGCUGUGUGCAGCCCUAGUGAACUAUCAUGCUGGCCUGUAUCCAGAGGCGGCAGAAUCUCUCGUCGCAGCUUCUCGCCUGCACACCCAAAAGCCUCGAUGUUCCGCCGCCGCCAUUACUGCUGUCAGUACCACCACUGCAGACGUGCACCCACAAAGGCGAGUCGGCCUCCAUGAUUUCUCGGUACCCUUCUCCCGCAGAGUUGGAUGCUUUUGCCCAGAAGACCGCCAACAGCCCACUGUCCAUCAAAAUCUUUCCAUCUGACGUCCGGGUGCCACAACAUAAACAGCUUAACAAAACAGUGAACGGCUUAGACACCACAGGCCAGCGCUGUAGCCCCUAUUCACACCCGUACUCAGGAGGCUACCAGGGUUUGUUGGCCAUCGUCAAAGCUUCUGUGGUGGUCAAAGGUGUGGUGAAGAACUCUGAGGGCAGGAGGACUAAACAUGCAAACACCCAGACCUCUGUGGCACCGUAUAAUAAUCCUCUGAACAAUGGCUACACAGUCAGACAUGGGCACAAGGCCUAUCAUAUAAGCUCAUGUAAGCCCCCCGAUGUUCCCAUUGAGACACUUUGUUCUAGCACAGGGAUGGCCUCCGGAGAUCAGAGCCGGGCCCCCCAGUCUGAGCUGGCAGAGGUUCAAAGCCUGAUGAGGCAGAUGAGCAGAGUUCCCCACAGCCAGGCCCUGCAGCUGGGGGGAGAAGCUCGAGCCAGCCCCUCUCUGCAGGCCGUGGCGGCGGUGGCACAUUCAGACUCAGACUUUGUCCUGGGAGUGCCGCCCCAGAGCAGUCUGGCAUACACGGGAGCAGUGAUACCUACACAGAGUGCAGACAUAGCCAAAGCUGGGUACUUGGAGAAAGGAGACUACACAGUGUGGCGGCAUAAACAUGAAAUUCAGCAGCCCUAUCAGCAGGGAGCAGUGAGGAUGUACAGCGUGAGUAACGGUACUCAGGGGCACAGAGCAGCAGAGGCUGGCCAGCCUCCUGAAACCUGCCUCCCUUUGAGGUGCUCCUCGCAGCUGUCGUAUAGGCCGCAUCCUGCCAGCGUGGGCGCGGGGCAGGAGCGAGUCAGCAGCUCCUCUGUGAGCCGUGCCGCCAUGCAGGGGGAGUUCUCCGUCGGACAGUACUUUGCCCCUCUCUGGGACGGUGUUGUGGCCACCCCUAAUAGCGACUGUUACACUCCUCAGGUGCUGGCAACGGGUACGUGCGCAGCCAGGCCCAGAGACCUGGGGCUCUCCCAUCCCCAUCUCCACCCAAACCGCCACCAACACCACCAGCACCCACAGCUCCACCCCCAUCUCCCUCCUCAUACCCAGGCCUACAGCACAGACCAAAACCUCUGUUGUGGGCUGCCUAGUUCUAGCCUGUGCCACGCUGCAGUACUUAGCAGCAGCUUGCAGUCUCUGGAGUGCCUCAUCAGUGAGAUUCACCCUCCCUGCAUCAAAGAGCGCAUGCUGGGCCGUGGGUACGAAGCUGUGGGGAUGCCUCAGCUGCUGGAGCACCACCAGCAAGCCCACAUCCAGCUCCCCGUCUACAGAUAA